CCCCAGGCUCUCUCGCAGCAACCCCAAACCCCUGAGAGCCCGCACUCCUGCGCCCUCCGUGGGAAGAGAGACGCGGGGCACACCCCCCAUGCGGGGCUGCAGCGCCUGUCGGGGUGACCAGUCUGGCCCCCACCCUCGUUCUCGUCCCUCCGCCUUUCCCUGCCGGCGGCCCUGCCGCGGCGGGGGCAGCGAAGGCUGUGGGAUGGCGGUAAAGGCGGCGUGUGACAGAUGGCCUCCUCUGACAGCUCUCGGUAUCAGCUCAGUGGCUCCCUGCCAUUGGCUCGGUGCAGCCGACCGGCAAGGCAGCUCGCUAUAACAGCGCUGUGCCCGGCAGAGGCGGCAGCUCAGACGUCUCCGCCGCGCCCGCCCUGCUCCUCCCCUGGCAGCCCGCUCCGCGCCGGAGGGGCCGCACACACCUCCUCUCACACACACCGGCACAUGCCGCCGGCCCCGGCCCUCCGCGGCCCGCUGAGCCGAGCCGAAGGAGGCCGGCCGGCCUGAGCAACCCGCUGGCGGCGGGGAGGCGGCCCCGUCCCCGGCCCCAUUCCCGGCCCCAUGGAGUGCUACUACAUUGUCAUCAGCUCAGCGCAUCUCAGCAACGGGCACUUUCGCAAUAUCAAGGGAGUUUUCCGAGGCCCCCUUAGCAAGAACGGAAAUAAAACUCUGGAUUAUGCUGAAAAGAAAAGCACGAUAGCAAAAGCUCUGGAAGAUCUUAAAGCCAACUUCUACUGUGAACUUUGUGACAAACAGUACUAUAAACACCAGGAAUUUGACAAUCACAUUAACUCUUAUGAUCAUGCUCACAAACAGAGACUGAAGGAGCUGAAACAGAGGGAGUUUGCUCGAAACAUAGCAUCUAAGUCAUGGAAAGAUGAAAGGAAACAGGAGAAAGCCCUUCGACGUUUGCACAAGCUGGCUGAGCUAAGGAAAGAGAGAACAUGUGCUCCUGGAAGUGGCCCUAUGUUCAAAUCUACUACAGUGACUGUGCGAGAUCAUUGCAGUAAUAUCCCCCAAAGUGCUUCCAUAGAUUCUUCCAACAAUCAGGAUUUAAUGCAUGAUACACAGAAUGGUGAAGAUGUUGCUUCUGUUACUUCUUCCAUUCCUGGAAAUGCCUGUAGUAAUAAAUCCGACAGUAACAAAUGUGGAGAUGAGGUUCAAGGAGCUCAAGGACAUAGAGCUGGUUUCUCUUUUGCUUUUCCCAAGAAAGCAGUGGUCAAACUGGAGUCUUCAGCUGCUGUUUUCUAUGAAUAUAAUGACGAGACGUCUAUAGAGCAUGGAUUUAGCAGAAGAAGUAGGUUUGUUCCAGGAGCAUGUAACAUUCAGUCUCCUUCAGUGGCAGAAAUAGUCCUGUGCCCUGAGGAGAAACAUAGCUGUUUUCACCCACUGGUGGAAAAAUGCAUAGGCACAGCAGAAGCUCCUAAAGCUCAGGAGCCAGAAAAACUGCCUGGUGAAGAAAGCGGUGUGCUGGAGUCUCCUGUCUUAACUCCUGCUGCAUCUCAUUCAAAGCAGCUGGUUUCCUUGGACAUGGCUAGCUAUGGCAUUGAUGUGCAUGCAGCAGACGUAAUGGACCAAACGCUGCCCAUGGCUGUGGACAGUGCUGAGGUCCUGAGCCUGGACUGCAGUGGGUAUGAGCUGCAGGCAAACAGGGCUCUGGCACAAGCAAUUGUGGCGGACUCUUUAUUUCUGCAGGAUGUUGCCGAGGAAAAUGAUACAGAUAGUAACAGUGAUCCGUCCAUGACUAAAACUGAAAUAAAAAGACUGGUUGCAGAUGUAUCAGUUCCAUCAGCAUCUGAAGAAGGUAGUGGUGAAACCCCACAAAGCAAACCGGACAUGCACAAGAGACCUUGUGAACCCUUUGUUCCUGUUCUUAGCAAACACGGAUCAAAUAUUCUUCAGUGGCCAUCGGAAAUGUUAAUUUACACAAGUACAGACCCAUCAAUUUCUUACAGCUGCAAUCCUUUAUAUUUUGAUUUCAAGUUAUCAAGAGCAACUGACACCCAAGAAAAGCCCAAGCAUCAGCCAAACAUACCUCAUUUGCACCAUAAAAGUGAACCCAACCAUAGCUUAGUCUUGAAUUUUACAAAUAAGCCUCCUUCAGAUUGUGGUGAUUAUGAAGCAGAAAUUAAUAAAGAUGUGUGUGACUAUACAAUACCCCUUAUAAGUGACGAUUCCCUCCUCAUAAAUUGUGAUCUUGCAAAAAAUCAAAAUAAAGUGUCUUUGGAUGAAUCAUUCAGGAUUAGAAAAAUAGAAAAGUAUCACAUUUCUAAAAAUCACUUACGACAAAACACUGUGAUAGAUGAGAAAUGCAACAAAAUCUGGAUCAAAGAAAGCCAUGAAAAAUGGCUUCACAAAAGUAGAAAACGAAAAAGAAAAUUGUAUCACCAUCAUCAUCACUGUGGGGACAUGACAACAGCAGAAAUGGAGAUGUCCUCAAUGAGUGAAAAAGAAUUCAGUUACCAAGAGGAAAACAAAUAUGAGCACCUCCAAAAUAAUCCAGAGAAGUGCAAAUAUGAUGUGAGGAAUAUCUGGCUAGCUGCAGGUAAGCUACAGCAUUCACAUCAAAAACUUGAUAUUGAAAAUGGUCAUAAGAGAGUCAAGUCUGCAACACAUCAUGUACAUGGGGACAGAGGCCGGUGUGAUGUUUGGAGUGCAACCAGCAACCAGCACCAUCGUUGUAAGCGAUGGCACAGAAGGAGCAGAGCAAGUUCUCAGGUAUAUGCAAAGCAGCUGGCUCUGAGUUCAAGGAGGCACAGCCUCAGGUACGCUAAAACAUGUUGUAGCUGGAAAGUCAGGAGGUCAAGCUGUAGCCCAGAGCAUAAGUGUUUAGGACACUGCAGUGUGGAAAAGACUCUGAGUCAAAAACAGUCCAUAAAGAGAGGUUACAGUGUUCUGACAGAAGAAACAAAGAAAUCCCACUGCAAGCGGAGAGAGCAUAUCUAUUCCUCUUCAUCAGAAGAAAGCUCGUAUGAACAAACAUUAUCAGCAGAGGAAUAUCUGAGGCAAGCUCAAACUAUAGGUGCACGUCACAAGACAAAAGGGAAACAAAGGAAAAGAAAAACCAGAAUCCAUCACAUAUCCCUUGACAGUAAAGCAAGGAGUGAGAACUCCAGACCUUCCACAGAAAGUUCUGCAAAUUCUACAUUAGAUGUUUUGAGGGACCUCUCUACUCAAGACAGUCUAGAGGAAGUUAGUGCAGAUCCCAAAGCUGAUCGUGCAAAAGACACAGACGAAAUGGCGCAACUGGAGGAAAGCAAGUCAUCUCUAGACACUGACAGUUCACACGUGUUAGAACGCAAUGAACCAAGGGUGUGCACAGUAAUGGAGAACACGCCAGGUGUAUUUUCUGAUGUUGUCACUGUGCCUCUUCCUGAGCACUGCGCUCCAGCAGCUGCUAGCACUCAAGGUGUUCUCCAAGAGGAAAAGAAGGAAGAAGAGGUCAACAGUCAUGAAAAUCAGGCUCAUUACAAACCUCCCCUCCACAACAGACAUUUGGAACAAGUUCCUCCUAGAUCCUAUGUUUGCCAUUAUGAAUUGGCCGAGUCUCUACCACAUGAGAAAAUAAAUGAGGUGACUGGUGAAUGGGUACAGUGUAAUCCUGGUAUAUUUGGCAGCCUACCACCCUUGCCACUAAAGGAAGCACAUAUAAACAGUCACACUUUUUUAACUACAGAGCAGUUACUAGCCCCUUUUACCCUGCCUGAUCAGACACUGAUAUUCCCUCCAGACAAACACGACAAAUUCAAAGAUCUCCCGUCUGAGGCCUAUCAGCAGAUCAUGCCACAAAACAUACUGGCCAGCAAAGUGAAGUUCACCUUCCCUCCUACAGCAAUCCAGCCUCCGAAUUCCCCGCUGCAGCCUGUACCCCUGCAGCCGCCACUGUGCUCUACCUCCGUCACCACCAUCCACCACACUGUCCUACAGCAGCAUGCCACUGCUUCACUGAAGGUUCUCCAGCCCCACCAGCAGUUUCUCUCACAGGUCCCUGCUCUUUCCCGAUCUCCUUUACCUCAUGUGCCAGUAGGACCAAGGCUUUGCCCAGGGGUUCACACAGCUUUUGUCACAGCGCCGCACUUGCCACUGCUGCCACCCUCAGUCUUGUCACCAAGCCCGCUGGCAUUCCCACCGCUGCCACACACCAUGUUCCCAUCCCUGCUGUCCCCACACCCUACUGUCAUCCCCCUGCAGCCCCUCUUUUAGAAUGGGUUCUCAGGGCUGGGGGAAGGAGCCCUCAGCUCAGUGUCCUGCUGCUUCUACAGCCCCCCUCAACUUUGCAGGAUGGUUCUGUGAAAUGAACUUUUUAAAAUUCCUUGUUCCUUGGAAAGCAUUUACUGUAAGUACAAUGAUGCAAACAUUCAUGUUGAGUUCAGACCUGUACUAUAACAAAAGCACUAAAUAGUAUGAUGCUAAUAUGAACUCUCUACAUGUAAGUGAAAAACAUGUCUUAGAAUAUGUAGAAUGUAGAUAAAAUACAUUUAUAGUUCUAUAACUUAUGUUGUAAAGUAUUCACUUUUUCGUUUUUAUCUUUGUGUAUUUGCACCUAUUUAAUGUUUAGACAAAGCUGAUGCACUAUGUUUUGUACUAUGUCCUCUGAAACUGUAAAUCUAGUGACAAACUAUCUCUUGCAAUAAAUUUUUGUUAACUACUUAAGUAUGUAAAAAAAUCUUUCAUUAUGAGCCUCAUGGAUGUUGUUCUUCCAUGGUUUUGUGCAGCUGAAUAGCAUCCUCUGCCCCUACUCUGUUUGAAUACUCAGGUUUCCUAUGCAUCGGUGAUUUAUCAAGGAGGCUCAGAGGCUAAUACCUUGAGGUAUUGUCUCACCGAGCAAGAGAGGAAGGUUAAUGUUUGUGUUAGCAGCUUAAUGUUACCAUGAUAAAUUGUGCCUACCUGUAAUAUGUGCGCAAACUGCUCACUGUUGGAGCUAAUCCCUUUUGUACUAAACCACAAAAUGAUGAUGUAACAAAAAUGACAUCAAUGAUGGGCCUGGGGGGAAUGUCAACAGCAGAUUGACUUCAGGGGAAUAUUGCUCACACUGGAAUGGUGGAGCACAGGGAAGGUCUUGGUUCUACCAUAGCAGUUGUGCUGACUGCACACAGCCCUCAACAGGGCAGAUCUGUUUGGGUGAGGUCCUUGCUGCCUGUGCAGUGUGUGACAAUAACAAGGACGCAUGAGUAUGAAGGGAAUGUCAGGAGGAGGGGGAAACCCACCAGGGUUUGAGACAGAUUCUCACCUCACUUCCACCCUCUCUUUCCUGACGCAAUUUGCCAAAGUAGAAUAACAUUGAAUAGAGAUCAGCUAAAAUAAUAAUAUACUGCCAUUACUUCUAACUCUAUUUCAGAGACUUCUCCCUACCUCUGCAGUCUGUUUAUUGCUGUUGAACCUCACCCAGCUUUAGCCAGUGAAAUCUCCACAUUUGCUUUAUUUUUGGAUCUAUCAGGCCCACACCUGUGACGGACUACAACAAAACCGAAGACAUUCUGAGAUAGAGCCAUCUUUUU